CUUGUGCUAUUAUUCCAUUUCCUGCUCCAAUCCUUCCAGCUGGUGUGGGGCUUCAGAUGGGCCUCACGGUUAUGAUACAAAAAUCCAAAUAUUUUGUGUUGAAUUGUUUGGUUGAAUUGACAUCAAUUCUGAUCUGAAAACAGUAAGGAAAUGUGAAUCCAAGGAAGGAUGGCAAAGUCAACAAGUUGCGAAUGUGACGACGACUGUUCUAACAUUCAAACAAAAGCACAGAGCCACGUGUCACUGAGGCGAAGAGGAUGAACACUGUGGGACAUUCUCUUUUGUUCUUAUCACAUAUCUCUAUCUAAGAACUGACUAGCGUACUUUAAAUAUGUGGUCAUUAAGUGGCAUGAUGACGUCUGGGAUUUAAAAGGAUGCGUGACGGUCAGAUAGUCCUGAUGUCUGACUGUCAAAGGUAUAGAUGCGUCAGACUGGACGGACCAGUCAGUGACAUGCAUCCUGUCUGCUGUCCUGUCUCUAUAAGAUGCCACACUGCCCUGCACAUUCAUCAGUCAUCCAGGUUUCUGAUUUGACCAAACUCUGCUCCCUGUUCCUGGAAAAACAGUAAGGAUCCAAGAAAAAGACAUCUCUUUAACACUUCCUGACUGUGCACAUUUGAAGUAAUCCAGUGGGUUUGAAGGAAGAUGUGGAAAAAAUUAUGCAACCCACAAAAGACUUUAUUACAGUUUUCUUUGAAAUCUUAAGUCAUGUCUGAUAAGAUGGUCGUGACCCAACCCCGGCCCUUCAUCACAACCACUGUAACCAACCAAUGGACCUCUGGCAUCUGUGACUGCCUCCAGGACCUGCCCCAAUGUUGCUUGGCCUUUUGGUGCCUUCCCUGCUUCACCUGUAAGACAGCACACGAGGCCGGGGAGUGUCUAUGUCUACCUCUUCUGGAUGCUUUUGGACUCAUCCCACCCAUGACCACAGCCCUUAGGGUGUCAGUACGCCAGAGAUAUGGGAUUGAGGGUACGAUCUGCAACGACUGCGUGUACGCCUGCUUCUGCGGGCCCUGCACCUGGUGUCAGAUAGCAAGAGAAAUCAAAACAAGGGCAAAUCCCAUCACCUUCGUCAGCACGGUGGCCUGAUGAGAGCAGAGUUUUUAUCCCGGGGUCAUCAUUAGCGAAACAGACGUCAAACAGACGCCUCUCUUCUUUUCAUCAUGGGCUCUGUCAUGGUAUUUGGAACCACAGAGGGUUCCGUGGAAUGUUGCUGAGCAGCUGAUUAAAGAUCAGCACAUGAGGGUCGAGGGAGAGAGAUAAGUGGGCCUCUGUGACGUCCACUAACAGUUAUUAAUGAGGAGGAGUCUGUGACACUGAGGGGUAUACUAGUGUACUGAUGAUGAUUCUGGUUAAACUGCCUUAUUAUUAUCUUAAAAUCUGAAUUAGGUAUAUAUUUUUAUUCUUAUACUUCCAUCACCACCAGAUAAUUGUUGUACAUGUUCCAUUUUAUAAUUAAUUGUUUGGUCUCUUUGAUCGGUUGUUAUCCUUCAGAAGUGUGUGUAUAUUUAUAUAUGGGCUUAUUUUUAUAUGUAUGGAUGUAUUAAUUUUACCAUAAGUGUUGCUAGCUUUUGGAGCUAGAGCUAAUUUUUGAAUUUUUGCUAAUCUUUGACUAAACACUGGUAUAUACUAUAUACUUACCUACACAUUAUGUAUUUACAAUAUACCAUAACUGAUAGCUGGAGGCAGUGGAGAUGUUUUAUUACAUCCUGAUAAUUUAUUAACUUUUAGCCUAUUUUCCAGUAGCACGUACGCCAUUUUUCCUUCUGUUUUAAUUGCUGGAGCUUUUCAUAUGCAUUCAUAUUUAAGUACUUUGUAUUUAAAACAUGGGUACUGUACGUGAGUCCUCUUGAACAGUGCAAUAAAACUCUCAUCUCAAA